CACUUUUCUUUUUUUUGUUUUUCUUUCUUUGACAUCCAUUUACUGUCUCAUCCUCGCAGCGCACUAUAUUCAAGCAUGUCUAAAACUACAUUCUCAAUUGAGGGCCGUGGCCUAAAGCUUGAAAGUGCUGAGGAUGUCAAGGAAUUCAUUAAAACCAUUGAGAGCAUGGACGAGCUCGAGAACGUUAUUCUGAGUGGAAAUACCUUUGGUGUUGAGGCUUGCCGUGCUCUUGCUGCCGCUCUUGCCAAGAAGCCUCUGUUGAAGGUUGCCAACUUUUCGGAUAUUUUUACAGGACGUCUGCGCUCCGAGAUUCCUGACUGUCUGGUUUACUUUGGCGAUGCAUUAAAAGACAAGAAGCAUCUUGUGGAGCUCAACCUUAGCGACAAUGCCUUUGGAGCAGCUGGCGUCCACCCUCUUGUCGAAUUCUUGACUACGAACAGGAAUUUGCAGAUCUUAAAGCUCAACAACAACGGAUUGGGUGUGACUGGAGGUAAAGUCCUUGCUGAGGCGUUGAUGACCGCUCAUGAAAGGAAUGUUGCUGAGAAUAAAAAGUCAUCUCUCCGUGUGGUUAUUGCUGGGCGUAAUCGUCUUGAGAAUGGCUCUACCCCUGAUCUCGCCAAGGCAUUUGCAGCCCAUGGAACGCUAACCCAUGUUGCGAUGCCUCAAAAUGGAAUACGUAUGGAAGGAAUUGAGGCUCUUGCUGCUGGAUUGACCAAGUGUCCUGGAUUAGAGAUUUUGGAUUUGCAGGAUAAUACGUUCACAGAGCGUGGAUGCCGCGCCUUUGCUGCUGCUUUGCCUUCCUGGAAGGAAUUGAGGAGGCUCAACUUUGGCGAGUGCUUACUCUCCAACAAGGGUUCUAUUCUCCUAUCACAUGCUUUGGCACAGGGCAAGAAUCCCAAGUUGGAGUCUCUUGACUUUACAUACGCUGAGAUGAGGGAGGACGGUGUUUUGGAACUGGCCAGCGCGAUCUCUAAUCGCCUCUCCAAUUUGACAAAGCUUGAACUGAAUGGAAACCAAGUUGAUGAGGACAGCGCCGCUAUUGAUGCUAUUCGUGAUGCUCUUGCCAAACACGAUCAUGGUGAUGCGCUCGGAGACUUGGAUGAUAUGGAGGAGCCAGAUUCGGAUGAGGAGGAUGAGGAGGAUGAGGAGGAUGAGGAGGAUGAAAAAGAUGAAAAAGAAAAGGAGGGAGACGAGAAGGUUUCUGACGAGCUCGCUGAUCUCGCUGCUAGGCUCAACGUAUAAGCGUACGGAAUCCAUUUACCACUUGGCUCAUAUCUUACAUGUAUCAUUUAGACAUUACCUUCAUUGCUCUUUCCAUCUGUUCGCUUUCCUUCGUUAUUAAAAGAAAAAAAGAAACCAUUAAUAAAAUUCUGUACUAGCAC